ACGCCCCUCCCCUGCCUCUCCAGCAGCAUCAGCACCCCCCCCAAAAAAAAACCCGAACAAGGCGACAAGCGGCUCGGAAAGGAUGCUCACCGGUCCGCGGUGCUCACCAGCUCGAGGAAACGUAACGAUGAGACAAGCCGGGAGAAGCUCGAGUCGCUGGGUAUAGUGCGCGUAUUUCUGCACGUUUAUGCUGCCUCGCUGCCUCCAUUCAAGAUGCACCAUUCAUGCAUCCCCAAGACUGGGAGCACACUGCGAGGAAAACAGUAAAAUAGCCAGUUACAGCCCGUGUUGUCUCGCCUUGUGUUAUAAGACACACAUCUCGCUCAUCUGAUGAAGCCUCUUUUCAUGUAGGUCAAGGUGAUGAAGAAGCCCGGUUUUGUCUUUUGAGGGCGCCGCGCGAAUGUAGGGCUAAUACGGGAAAGCCAAGCAAACAAAAGGCAUCCAGCCCCUCUCCUCUGACGCACCUGGCUGCCCUGUCUCCACUUGACAUGACAGCGCAGAGCCGGGAGCAGAGCAGCAGGAUCAAGGGGCACCGACGUGCAGCCGGACGUGUGGACUCGACAAGGAACAGGGGAGCCUCCGGACGCACGGCGGAGAAGGAGCAGCAGCCCAGGGGAGGCCGGAUUGCAGUUUCUGGGGACGAGCGCCAAGGGCAGUGCGGCAGUCAGCAGGCAGACCGGGGGGAGGAGGCUGCGGAGAUCUGUGAUACUUCCCCCCCAGGCCCCACUGCGCUCUCACCUCCACAUCAUCCUGAAAAUAUGAUGGUGGAUGUUUUGAUGUUUGAUCAAUGGUGACUGUGAUACUCCCCAUCAUUUUCUCUCAUUCCCCCCACCCCUUCCCAACCAAUCAGUGAUGAUGGGCAAUUAAAAGAUUAGAUCUGCUCUUCAGGCAAGGGUGGAACCCGGAGGGGACUGAUGUGCAUACUGGCCAGGUAUCAUUUGCUCCCUUCUUCUCUGGUUUUGCUCAUUUUGCUUGUCGCCUGCACUAUGGGCUGUAUUCAGAGCAUCGCAUGCAAGCCCCGCAUCAGGCGGGAGAACAUUGUGGUGUAUGAGGUGUCCGCCUCUAUUGACCAGUGCCCCACCAUCAUUGAGGAGAACUCACCGAUUGUGCUCCGUUACAAGACGCCUUACUUCAGGGCUUCUGCAGGGGUUGUAAUGCCACCAGUGCCCCGUAAUGAAACCUGGGUGGUGGGCUGGAUCCAGGCAUGUACCCAGAUGGAGUUCUACAACACCUAUGGUGAUAUUGGCAUGUCCAGCUGGGAGUUACCAGAGCUGCGAGAGGGUCGGGUCAAGGCCAUCAGCGACUCAGAUGGUGUCAGCUACCCCUGGUAUGGCAACACCACCGAAACCGUCACCCUGACCGGACCCACGUCCAAACCGUCCCGUCUGACGGUCAGCAUGAAUGACAACUUUUACCCCAGUGUGACCUGGGCUGUGCCCAUCAGCAACAGCAACACACCCAUGUUGACCCACAUCACCAGGGACCAGAGCUUCAUCACCUGGCUUGUGGCCAUGAACUCUAUCACCAAGGAGCGUAUCGUGUUGCAGACAGUGCGGUGGCGGAUGCGGGUGGACAUUGCCGUGGACCCAGAUAUGCCUCUGGGCUCCAGGGCCUCGUUGGUGGGUCGUCCAUACCAGGAGCAGCCGCACAUCCUCAACUACCAGGAGCCCAUUCCUCCCAAUGCGCUGGGGAGGCCAAAUGCCAACGAUGCCCAAGUGCUAAUGUGGAGGCCGCGAAGAGGGGCACCACUAGUGGUCAUACCGCCAAAAUAAGAGGGUGAAAUGUUUGCACAGACAAAAAUAUAAUUGUUCCCUCUUGCAGAAAAGGGAGGAUGAAGGUGAUGAAGUCAUGAAGCCUAUCAGAGAAGAGAGAACUGAUGGUUUCCCUGUGCUCAAGAUGCCAGUGGCUCAUUAUCCCCGAAUGAUUUAAGUGGACCAUUAUAACAAGCCAGAGUGGAUAUUACAUCUUGGAUCUGACACAGUAUGGUGUCAGAUUGGAAAGUCCACAGCGAACUAGUGUCAAGAGCCCUGGUUGCCUCAAGGCUUGUUUGGCCCCACAACAAGUUUUGGACUACAUUAAAGAGUUCUGCCUGCUUUUUAGAGAAAAAGGAACGCUGUUUUUUUUAGACGUACCACAGAGGUAUUAGAACACGACAAGAACUGCAUCCUGCAUCCUUAUGUAGAUCUUAUUGCAUGAGAGAGUGAGAGACACACAAAAACUGUCCUUGAGAAGUUUAAGAAUAGCAUUUGUUUUGUAUAACUUGAUACCUGAAGACAUUUUGAUUGAAAAGUCAGCCAAAAAAAAAAAAAAAAAAACUUCUGCCGGCUGGUUAAACCUCGUCUGUGCCAACAAAGGCCUUUUUCAGCACACUCAGAACCAGAGUUAAAGGAUGUAUUCAGAAGAUUAAAAAAAAAAAAGUAUUAUAUGAAUCUUUUUAGUUUAAGAUUAACUCAUGCAUCAGUCAGAUUGUAUUAAGAGCACCCACCUUACAUAAAAGUCUGGAAGAAAAACAAA